CAACAAUGGCAGCACAGCAAUCUACUACGAAGCAUACCUCCUCAUUUACAACUCAGAAACGUGACCUAAGUAAUCAACAAUUUCUCACGCCCAAUUCGACCGAUUUCAGUUCACCAGCUACAGCAGCUGUUGCUGUGGACGCUAUUAACACAGGCAAUCUGAAAGUAAUCCCAAGCAGUGGUCAACCUAGACGUGAAUCCUUUCUUUAUCGGCCAUCAAUCGACGAACGUGAUUUCAAUCGUUCUGCUUCACGUACUUCAUCGAUCACUUCUAUUGCAGCACCGUAAG